AUAUUCUGAGGAAAUUACGAGGAACAUAACCAAGGUUCCUCGGAAUUUCCUCAGAAUAUUCUGAAGAAAUUCCGAGGAACCCUUGUUCCUCAGAAUUUUUUCAUUUACCCGGGAACCCUAGCCGCCAAACAUUUCGGGAAAAUCAGAUAUAUCUAAACCGAGGAAAUUCCGACGAUCCUUAAAAAUAUACUGAGGAAAUUCCGACGGAAAAUGUCCGUCGGACCCCUCAUAAAAUUAGGGUAUCUCGAUUCUUUCUUCCCCAUUUCUCUCUUCCUCUCCUCUCUUCCUCUACGCGGCUCCUCCUCCUCCUCCAUCGAUUUCCGGCGAAUCCCACCGUUUGUUUCCUCCAAUUCUUUGCCAAAUCAUGCGGAGAAAAAUGAUAGCGAGCCGGUUGAUGAUCUCGCCCUAAUGAAGAGGGCGUAUACCAACAAGAAGACCGGCCAGAUUGAUGAUGGUGUUGUGAGGGAUGUGGUCACCCUGAUCGGUACUCAAGUGGAAGAAGAAGCGUCUCAGCUUCAAACCGAGGAUGACGAUUCCACGGGUUCGACCUACUUGCCUCGGGUUCGGAUUAACGAAAUCGUUGAAUCGGGGGUUCCAAAGAAGAAGGGACGUUUGUUCGGUUUGGGUCGUCGUUCGCGGUCGGUUCCGUCUUCUGCUGCACCACCGCCCUUUGUUGAUCCAGAAGUACUUUUGGGUCAGAUGAAGGACAAGGAUGAUCGCAUAUCUGCGUUGGAGUCCACGGUGGCAAGUCAACAUGCGGGCUGGGAGGCACAGAAGAAGCUCAACGAGCAAAUGUUGGAGAUGAUGAGGAGGUUGCACCCGAACGAGGUGCUCCCGACCAUGCCAGACCCGAACGUCCAAAGCCCGUAGCUUUUUUUUUAUAAACUCGAAAUGUUUUUUUUUAUUUGUACGACUUUGAAUUUU